AUGGCGUGUCGUAUUUUUCAGCGCUCCUGUCCUGCUUCCAGUGACCCUGCGACGAGGGUAACUGGCGCACACAGGACAAACAAGGAGUCGCGAGUAACAAAACUACCAGGCGCAUGGCGUGCUCAAGAAGGGUUAUCGUUUGAUAUGAUCAUUGGUAGCUGUACUUGUCCUCCAUGCACUCUUCGGGAUUUUAUGAACUAUUUAAAAUAUGUUGAACGGAAUGCGGAGAACUUGCAAUUUUUCCUAUGGUAUCGUGACUAUACUCGACGUUUCGCCUUAAUCGCUGAGAGCCAAAGACAGCUCUCACCAGAGUGGAUUGGAAGGGAGAAGCGACGGGGAGGCACUUCAUCCCAACCCACCCCAACUGAACCACUCUCCCCAGCUAUAACUAUCAUUACUGAAGGACAAUCCGAAUUUACGCAACUUCCCGCAUCUAUCCAUACCGCACCUUUCAGCACACCACCACGAAGUCCCAUUGAUAGUGAUGGUGACUGGAGAACUCCGUCGAGAACAGGGAAGGUUGAGGGUAACUCAAGCCCACGCGUAGAGGCGGGCGGAAAUGAAAACCCAUCUGAUCGAGUGGCCGAAAACGUCGAUUUCGCAAAGUCAGGGUCAUCAUCCGCCGCUGCAAAUAACAAUCCACACCUAACAUUGGGUGAUACGAAACGAAUGAUAAAGAGAGAACAGCCCGGUGAUCAUCAAACACCAGACUUCUCACAACCCUAUCGAAAAGAACUCUGCAGAAUUUACGCGACAUAUAUUGCAGAUGGCGCGAGCCGGCAAUUGAAUUUGACCUCUCAGGAAAGGGAUGAUCUAAUGCACGCCCUGGCUUGCACAACACAUCCAUCAGCGUUUAAACAGGUGGCAUCGCAAGUGGAAUGGACCCUCCGCCAGCAAUCUCACCCUAAUUUUAUUCGCUGGACCAUGAAUAAUUGCAACCGCCAUCGAGUUAUCGCCUCUCGCAUUCUCAGUUGCACCGCGAUGUUUUUUGGCCUGGUAGCUGGUAUUCUUCCAAUAUUCAGUUCCGCUACACGGGCCUGGAGGAUGAUCUCAGCGUUAAGUCUCUUACCCGGCCUAAUUAUUUUUCUAACGUCCUGGGACGGUGCGUGCAUUCUCUUCCUCUUCCUCAAUCGCCGCCAUCUGCAUCCCUGGGAACUCUUCUCCGACGAAGACGAACACGUGCGACUGAAACUAGGGAUGGAAUCCAAGCUCUUCGCAAGCAUCGGCGAAAGCAAUUCGUACGAGGACGAGCCCUGGAUACCCACUUACGAGAAACGCAAAUUCUUCCAAAAAGUUUUCGACCCAGAUACCAGGAUCCAAGACCCGGUGCUUCGUCGCAUACACCUCCUUGUCCUUCUCCGCACUUCCACCGUAGCUGUCAUCGUAACCACCCUCCUCGUCGCUAUAUUUCUCUCCAUACCCAACCGCAAUUAUUUCUGA